UCAAUGUUGUGUUUUGGUGUAGGAGUCUCUCUGAUUCAAACGAGCAAUAGUCGCUAUCUGUCAGUGUAGUUUCCCGUAAAUUGUAGACCCUACUUCACCUAGAUGCAAUCUUCGACGAAUCCAGAAUGUAUACCAUCGUUAGAAUUUCCCGAGAUACCAAACAAAGACGAAUUAUUGGAUUGGACCUACUCUAAGAGACGAGAAAUGCAGGAAAUUGUUCCAGGAGUUUAUCUUGGUCCAUACUCUGCAGCAAUGAAUAGCAAAUUAGAAGUUUUAAAGCAAGUUGGAAUCUCUCAUGUUGUUUGUAUACGACAGAAUAUUGAAGCAAACUUUGUUCGCCCUAACUUUCCUCAACACUUUAAAUAUUUGGUAUUAGAUGUAGCAGACUCACCCACAGAAAAUAUUAUCACACAUUUUCCUAAGGUGAAAACUUUUGUUGACAGCUGUUUAAGUAGUGGAGGAAAAGUUCUUCUCCAUGGAAAUGCUGGGAUAUCUAGAAGUGCUGCAUUAAUGAUUGCUUUCAUUAUGGAAACAUAUGGAUUAAACUAUAGAGAUGCAUUUCAUUAUGUGCAGCAAAGAAGAUUCUGUAUUAAUCCCAAUGAAGGUUUUGUUCAACAACUAAUGGAAUAUGAACCAAUUUAUUUAGCCAAUUAUCAAGCAAGAAAAUCAGGAGAAAGAUUAAAUCAGUCUGGUGGGGUGAAACGAGCUCAUGAGGAUGAACCAAGAGAUGACAUGAUGGACACGUGAUAACUGUUGUUCCAUGGCAGAGUUUAUUUUGCUUAGUACCAGUUAACAGAAGCACAAAGUAACGUGUGUACAAAGACAGCAUCUCUGAUGUUCAUGGGGCAGACAGUCCAGGCAGAAGGCCGUAACACAAGAUCUGAUCUUCAGAAGGACAUUGGCCCAAACUGCAUCAGUUAGCUAUAAAUUUAAUAUAUGGUUACAUACAUCAAAAAUGCAAAGAACUAGUUGGUAAAUGUUAGGCAAUUUUAUCAUCAUCCAUAGCUGCCUUUUCUUUGAACUGUUAAGGACUAUGUUUUUUUUCAGUGAAAUCAUUAAUAGGGCAUUGUUUUAAUUAAUGUUAAUGAAAUUACUAAUAUUUACCAGACCGAGUGUUGUAUUACGGUAACUUUUUAACUCCCAAACUUUAUUGUCAAUUCUCUUUCUUGCUGGUACACAUUUCCUUCAAAAAUUUGGUUUUAGAUCAAGAUAACAACUUCUACCUGAUAAGUUUGUGUGUUCUCAUUCCCCUGAAUAGUGUUUGCUUAUUGGUUGGUCUGUUUCCUUUUUUGUGCAGAAAAACGAAAAUUUAUAAAUGAGUAUUUUAAAACGAUUUAUUUUUCAACUGUUAAGUGACUGUGCCUACCUAGGCUGGACUAGGAAUCGCAGAGGAAAGCAGUAUAUUGUGGUUUAUCGGAUGACGAGGAUUGAUGUUGAUAUUUUCAUGUUGAUUUUUUCGUUAAAAACAAGAGCUACAGG